AUGAACGGCAUUACAAGCAACGGCAGCGGGUCCGUAAAUGGACUCGCCAAUGGUCAAGUCAACGGCCAUGUCAACGGACACACAAACGGACUGAUCAACAGCGCCAAUCAUGCCUCUGACUCGGAAGACGAGCUUCCCGUCUUUGACGCAACCGAGCACCCUCAUCGCCGAUACAAUCCUCUCACACGCAGUUGGGUCCUUUGCUCUCCUCACCGUACCAAGCGUCCGUGGCAGGGCCAAGAAGAGAAGCCACAGGGCACUUCACUGCCUGCCUACGAUGAAAAGUGCUACCUCUGUCCCGGCAACACACGAGCAACUGGCGCAAAGAACGACGACUACACCUCCACCUUCUUCUUCGAGAACGACUAUGCUGCCCUCAUCCCACAGGCAGUAGCUGAGGAGAAGAAACAGCACCCCCUUCUCCAAUCGCAACCCGCUCGCGGCCGAUGCUACGUCAUCUGCUUCAAUCCGCAGCACAACCUCACACUCGCACAGCUCAGUACACCGCCCUUCUCACCGGAUCAGCACAUCGUCCCCAUCAUCCAAAGCUGGCAAAGGAUCUACAAGCAGAUCCCUGCUGAGAACCCCUUUGUCAAGUACAUCCAGAUCUUCGAGAACAAGGGCUCUGCUAUGGGCUGCUCGAAUCCUCACCCGCACGGUCAAGUUUGGUCGCUCGAUUACAUCCCAGAAGAACCCAGCAAAGAGCUUGCCUCGCUCCGUGCUUGGUCGCAAGACCCCGCAAACCAGGACCCAAAGAUCAACCUCGGCGUUCAGGAUGACCACGGCCGACCCUCAAUGCUUCUUACCCUUGCCAAGCUCGAGUUGACCACUCCUGGUCAACCUCGUGUUAUCACAGCGAACGAGCACUUUGCUGCCAUUGUACCCUACUGGGCGGUAUGGCCAUUUGAGGUGCUGCUCUUGCCAGCAAAACGUCAAAUUCGCAACGUUCUGCAGAUGACUGAAAUGGAAGUCGUGUCCCUUGCCCGGAUCACCGCCGAGAUCACCUGCAAGCUGGACAACGUCUUCAAAUGCUCCUUCCCUUACUCGAUGGGUAUCCACCAGCAGCCUACACAGAUCUCGACACAGGAGGAGGACGAAUUUGCACAGUUCCACGUUCAUUUUUACCCUCCUUUGCUCCGUUCUGCUUCGGUACGCAAGUUCUUGGUUGGGUUCGAGAUGAUGGCCGAGCCUCAGAGGGAUUUGACUGCCGAACAGGCGGCAAAGAGGAUUCGCGAGUGCGACGACACUCAUUAUCUUGCUACUCUCGAGCAGCAAUAA